CACCUUGCCCGCUCCUUUUCCGGACCGCUGCCAAGUGUCCAACAGCCACCUUGGCGCCCGCACCGCUCACGCCCAACGGCUACGCAAUCUUCUCGCAUCGCGCGCAGCCCGCCUUCACUCCGACUCGACGGCUGCCUACCCCACACAGCGCCUCAGCCCACCCCCGUCUCGCCCGCCUGCUUCAUGGAUGUCUGCGAAGUACGGCGGAGAGAUCAUGGAGGGAGUAUCGCGCUUCCUGAGCAGAAAGGGCCGCCGCGCCGCCGGUGACAGCAAACGCAACGCCAACACCACCAAGCCACCACCAGCUGUUUCCGCCGACCUCUACAAGAUAUUUUCCGCCGAAGAUGAGAAGAAGCAAGACAAGGAAGAGGCGCAAAAGGUCAAAGCCAUCUCCCAGCGCCUGGCGGCUCUUGGAAUCACCUCCCUGAAGGAGUCGCAAAUCCAGUAUGCGCUGCGAUCCAAGACCGUCAAUGGAGACAUGAAAGAGGCGUUGGAGAUGCUGGUUUUGUUCCAAGACUCACUAGAAGGCAUACUGCGAGAUUACAACCCGAACACGAAAUUACUGGGCGCGGAGAAUAGGGAAUCGGUAACCUGUUACCUGGAUGCCCUGUUGUUUGCCAUGUUCGCCAGACUCGACUCAUUUGAGGCGAUGCUUUUCGACUCUUUUACCGAUGAGCCGAGGAAACGAUUGUCAUCCGUCUUGCGACUAUGGGUGAACCUACUUCGCGCCGGCAAGCUCAUCACGACCGAUGUCACCAAACAUUUACAGGAGGCUUUGAAGAGCUGCGGAUGGGAAGAGGCGGCUCAAUUGGCCCAACAAGAUACCUCGGAGGCAUUUACUUUUAUUACCGGGCAGCUAGAAUUGCCGCUACUGACCCUGAAGAUGGACAUCUAUCAUACCGGCAAAGAGGAUGUCGCGGAUGAUCACAGAUUUGUUAAUGAGCGUCUUCUGGAAGUCGCGAUCCCGGAGUAUGAUCCGACCCGUACCGAGCCCAUAAAACUGGAAGAGUGUCUCGAAAUCUACUUCAACAACAGGAUUGAAGUCAGGAGACAUCUCGAGCGAAGAACCACGUUGGAACGGCAAGGGCAAGCGCAGCCACAUUUGGACAGACUUCCAGAAAAAUCAUCAGCAAUGCACGUGGAGGCGGUGGAGGAAGGUUCGGCAUCCAGCCCUGGAGGGGAGUCGCCGGCUGCACCGUCCUACAGCGCAGCUCCGACAUACAACAGUCUUUUCAGCGAACGCCACAUAGAGGAAGGAGAGUCAUCGGACCACAAACAUCCAGAUGGAAGGCAUGGACGGCCACGAGCAGUGUCGGCAGCCAAGAAAGAGAUCACCAUGCCGGCAUGGCAGUUCUUCAGUCUGAUACCGUGGUACACGGAUAAUGCACCAGCAAACGACGCACAAGUAGCGGCGCAUUUCGCGGCGAAACGUCCGAUUUUAGGCAUCUGUCUCAAGCGGUACAUGAUGAUGCCGAAUGGCCAUCCGAAACGCUUAAACACUUACAUCGACAUUCCGUUAGAGAUUGCCUUGCCUCAUUUCAUCUCAGAUGAGCAUAUGCACGAAGAAGGACCCCUCUUUGGAAACUUCCAGCUGGUUCUGCAAUCGGUCGUGUGCCACCGAGGCGUAUCGGUCGACUCGGGGCACUACGUGUCACUGGUGCGAGGCACCGAGCCUACCGCACGCUCGAGCCACGGGCACGACCCGUACCGGUCAGAGCCGGACGAAGUCAGCGCACCAUGGAUGCGUUUCGACGAUCUCGCCAAAGAUCGUGUGACGUACGUUGAUAUCGAGCAGGCGCUGAAAGAAGAGUGUCCAUACCUGCUCUUCUACCAAGUCUGCCCCAUCGACGAGGAGCUCGCACGCGGCAAUCCGCCCACGUACGAAGAAGCCAACUCGGAAGCAACCGCGGACGACACAUUCCUAGCCGAAAAAGGCGAGCUCAUAAUCGACAACUCCGACAACGAGCAACGGCCCAGCUUCGAGCUCGCGGACUCGCAAGUCCUGACGUCGGGGCAAGAAAGCGCGGCCGACGACCGAGGGCGAUCCUCGUUCAACAGCACGCGCCAGAGCAUCAUGUUCGACGAAGCGAGCCUGAACUCGCGCGCGCCCACGGGCCCAUCCACACCGGCCGACGACAGCAAGCCCAGCUUCCUCUCGUCGUCACGGCGCGGCUCCAAGGCCAAGAAAGCCGGCUCCUCGGGCGGCAGCAAGUCGCGGCCGACGAGCCAGAGCGGCGAGGGCCGCCUCAGCAUCACCAUGUCGCGGCUGACGGGGCGGCGCAGCCGCGACAAGCUCAACGACGUGCUGGCGACGGAGUCGGCGCCGCCGAGCGCGACGUGGCCGGCCAGCGGCGGCGGCAGCACGACGAUGGUGGCGAUGGCGAACGCGAGCGCUGACGCCGACGUGGCGGGGGAUCCGGCGAACCCGCUCGUGCUGGUCGACCCGCCGGGUGGGGGUGGGGGCGGGGGGACCGGCAGCGCGGCAUCGAGUUUCUCGAAGGCGGCGACGAGCACGGCCGCGGCGAUUGGGCGGGGGAAGAGGAAGGAGAAGAAGCGCGGAAGGAGUGGGAGCGUGCCGUUGGAUGGGGGGGAGGGGGAGGGCGACGAGAAGAAGAAGGAUAAGGAGAAAGAGAAAGAGAAGCGGAAGAGUAGGCGGAAGCCGCCUGAGCGGGAGUGUGCGCUUAUGUGAUUUGUUGUUGUUGUUGAUGAUGAUGAUGAUGGUGGUGGUGGUUGGUGGUGGGCUGCUUCAUACCCUUCUUGUUCUUGUUGAUUGCGCGCUUCUUCUCCGUUUUUUCUUCUUUUUUCCCGCGAUUUGGCGGCGCGGACAUCGCAGUGAGCGAGCAAGCGAGCAUACGUACAGUACUAGUGAGCGAGCGAGCGAACGAGCUAGCGCAUAGGUAGGCUGGCAUGGUUGGGAGCUGACUUGGGUUGGUUGGGUUCUUAGGAUUUGGGUUUGGUUGGGUUGGGUUGGGUGGUGGUGUGCUUGCAAGGGAAGGGGGAGGCCAUACCUGCUAUGUAUAUUUGACUUGAGCGUGCUUGAGUGACUGGGUGGCUGCUUGCUUGCUUGCUUGCGUGCAUAGAGAUACAUACAUACAUACAUAUAUACAUAUAACGAGUACAUACGGAC